AUGGAGAUGUAUAAAAAAUCUUUAGAAGAUACAGCCUAUAAAUACGAAAGAAACACAAGAUUUAAAAAUCAAAUAAACGAUAUUAAAAUUGUAGCAACCCAAUCAAUAAGUCUUGGUCAAAUUAUAUACACCUUGUGUGGGAUGACCGCUGCUAUAAAACCAGAAGAAAUAAAAAUUGGGGUUAAUGACUUCUCUAUUUUAACAAGUUCACGUAAUAAAAAAGAUUUACUGUUUCUCGGACCUGCGGCUUAUAUAAACCAUUGCUGCUCAAACAAUACGGAAUGGGUGGCUGGAAAGGGGGAAGGAGUCUGGUGUGCAAAAGCAAUUCAACAAAUAAAUAUUGGUACAGAAAUAACAACAUACUAUGGUGACCAUUACUUUGGUGAAAACCAAACAAAUUGUGAAUGCCAAUGUCACACUGACAAAGUCCCAGUAAACGAUGUAGAUAGUCUGGGUAAUCAAGAUCAACCACAAAGCGAAACGCCUGUUGCAUCAACUUCAGUCAAACCUGUGACACAAGUAGAUAGUCUGGGUAAUCAAUAUCAACCAGAAAGCGAAACGCCUGUUGCAUCAACUUCAGUCAAACCUGUGACACAAGAGCAGAGGGGUAAACAAGAUCAACAAGCAAGCGAAUUGCCAGUUGCAAACCCUUCAGUCAAACCUGUGACACAAGUAGAUAGUCUGGGUAAUCAAUAUCAACCAGAAAGCGAAACGCCUGUUGCAAACCCUUCAGUCAAACCUGUGACACAAGAGCAUAUGGGUAAACAAGAUCAACAAGCAAGCGAAUUGCCAGUUGCAAACCCUUCAGUCAAACCUGUGACACAAGUAGAUAGUAUGGUUACAGAUACUGAUACAGAAGAAAGUGAAACCGAUUCAGAGAGUAUGGAUAUAAAUACAGAUACAGAAGAUACUGAUUUAGAGCAGAGGGGUAAACAAGAUCAACAAAAAAGCGAAUUGCCAGUUGCAAACCCUUCAGUCAAACCUGUGACACAAGUAGAUAGUCUGGGUAAUCAAUAUCAACCAGAAAGCGAAACGCCUGUUGCAAACCCUUCAGUCAAACCUGUGACACAAGAGCAUAUGGGUAAACAAGAUCAACAAGCAAGCGAAUUGCCAGUUGCAAACCCUUCAGUCAAACCUGUGACACAAGUAGAUAGUAUGGUUACAGAUACUGAUACAGAAGAAAGUGAAACCGAUUCAGAGAGUAUGGAUAUAAAUACAGAUACAGAAGAUACUGAUUUAGAGCAGAGGGGUAAACAAGAUCAACAAAAAAGCGAAUUGCCAGUUGCAAACCCUUCAGUCAAACCUGUGACACAAGUAGAUAGUCUGGGUAAUCAAUAUCAACCAGAAAGCGAAACGCCUGGUGCAUCAACUUCAGUCAAACCUGUGACACAAGAGCAUAUGGGUAAACAAGAUCAACAAGCAAGCGAAUUGCCAGUUGCAAACCCUUCAGUCAAACCUGUGACACAAGUAGAUAGUCUGGGUAAUCAAUAUCAACCAGAAAGCGAAACGCCUGUUGCAUCAACUUCAGUCAAACCUGUGACACAAGAGCAGAGGGGUAAACAAGAUCAACAAGCAAGCGAAUUGCCAGUUGCAAACCCUUCAGUCAAACCUGUGACACAAGUAGAUAGUCUGGGUAAUCAAUAUCAACCAGAAAGCGAAACGCCUGUUGCAAACCCUUCAGUCAAACCUGUGACACAAGAGCAUAUGGGUAAACAAGAUCAACAAGCAAGCGAAUUGCCAGUUGCAAACCCUUCAGUCAAACCUGUGACACAAGUAGAUAGUCUGGGUAAUCAAUAUCAACCAGAAAGCGAAACGCCUGUUGCAUCAACUUCAGUCAAACCUGUGACACAAGAGCAGAGGGGUAAACAAGAUCAACAAGCAAGCGAAUUGCCAGUUGCAAACCCUUCAGUCAAACCUGUGACACAAGUAGAUAGUCUGGGUAAUCAAUAUCAACCAGAAAGCGAAACGCCUGUUGCAAACCCUUCAGUCAAACCUGUGACACAAGAGCAUAUGGGUAAACAAGAUCAACAAGCAAGCGAAUUGCCAGUUGCAAACCCUUCAGUCAAACCUGUGACACAAGUAGAUAGUAUGGUUACAGAUACUGAUACAGAAGAAAGUGAAACCGAUUCAGAGAGUAUGGAUAUAAAUACAGAUACAGAAGAUACUGAUUUAGAGCAGAGGGGUAAACAAGAUCAACAAAAAAGCGAAUUGCCAGUUGCAAACCCUUCAGUCAAACCUGUGACACAAGUAGAUAGUCUGGGUAAUCAAUAUCAACCAGAAAGCGAAACGCCUGUUGCAAACCCUUCAGUCAAACCUGUGACACAAGAGCAUAUGGGUAAACAAGAUCAACAAGCAAGCGAAUUGCCAGUUGCAAACCCUUCAGUCAAACCUGUGACACAAGUAGAUAGUAUGGUUACAGAUACUGAUACAGAAGAAAGUGAAACCGAUUCAGAGAGUAUGGAUAUAAAUACAGAUACAGAAGAUACUGAUUUAGAGCAGAGGGGUAAACAAGAUCAACAAAAAAGCGAAUUGCCAGUUGCAAACCCUUCAGUCAAACCUGUGACACAAGUAGAUAGUCUGGGUAAUCAAUAUCAACCAGAAAGCGAAACGCCUGGUGCAUCAACUUCAGUCAAACCUGUGACACAAGAGCAUAUGGGUAAACAAGAUCAACAAGCAAGCGAAUUGCCAGUUGCAAACCCUUCAGUCAAACCUGUGACACAAGUAGAUAGUCUGGGUAAUCAAUAUCAACCAGAAAGCGAAACGCCUGUUGCAUCAACUUCAGUCAAACCUGUGACACAAGAGCAGAGGGGUAAACAAGAUCAACAAGCAAGCGAAUUGCCAGUUGCAAACCCUUCAGUCAAACCUGUGACACAAGUAGAUAGUCUGGGUAAUCAAUAUCAACCAGAAAGCGAAACGCCUGGUGCAAACCCUUCAGUCAAACCUGUGACACAAGUAGAUAGUCUGGGUAAUCAAUAUCAACCAGAAAGCGAAACGCCUGUUGCAUCAACUUCAGUCAAACCUGUGACACAAGAGCAGAGGGGUAAACAAGAUCAACAAGCAAGCGAAUUGCCAGUUGCAAACCCUUCAGUCAAACCUGUGACACAAGUAGAUAGUAUGGUUACAGAUACUGAUACAGAAGAAUGUGAAACCGAUUCAGAGAGUAUGGAUAUAAAUACAGAUACAGAAGAUACUGAUUUAGAGCAGAGGGGUAAACAAGAUCAACAAAAAAGCGAAUUGCCAGUUGCAAACCCUUCAGUCAAACCUGUGACACAAGUAGAUAGUCUGGGUAAUCAAGAUCAACCAGAAAGCGAAACGCCUGUUGCAUCAACAUCAGUCAAACCUGUGACACAAGUAGAUAGUAUGGGUACAGAUACUGAUACAGAAGAAAGUGAAACCGAUUCAGAGAGUAUGGAUAUAAAUACAGAUACAGAAGAUACUGAUUUAGAGCAUAUGGUACAGAUUGAGCAUUGA